GGGGAGGCGGGCCCCUCCACCCCCACGUCCAUUGGGCAGCGCCGCCUUCACUCUCCUCAGGGCGACAAGGCCUUCUCCUCAGCGAAGCCCAGAGCCUCCCCUCCUCCGCCCCGCCCCGUCCCUAGGGGGCCUUUCAUUGGGCAUAGCUGCGUUCAAUCUACCUCAAGUUAGAAACACGAUUGGACAAGAGGCCUUCGGUCCGCCCUCAGGCUGCGUGGAUAGGCUUGUUGCGCGUUGGCGCAACGGAAGAGGCGGCCGGCGGAGGGUGCGCCUCUGCUCCGGCGAACUGCUGCGGAGGAGGAGAGUUCAACGCUGGGGGGCCGGCUAGGGCGGCAGCAGUGGCUGCUGUGCAUGGGAACGGGCCGGCUCGGCGCGCCCAUGGAGCGCCACGGCAGAACCUCUGCCACCUCAGCCCCGUCAGUCGGCGAGCCGGAGUCCGGAGGCGCCGAAGAAGGGCGGCGGCGGGAGCCACUGCGGCGCCGGGCGAGCAGCGCGUCGGCGCCUCUGGUCGGGGCUUCAGCGGAGGGCGCGAGGUGGGACCGCCCUGGCUCCUACAGCGGUCCUGCUUCUGUCUCCCGCCAGCGCGUCGAAAACCUCCGGAAAAAGCGGCCGCUUUUUCCAUGGUUUGGCUUGGAUAUUGGUGGAACUCUGGUCAAGCUGGUUUAUUUUGAACCCAAAGACAUCACUGCUGAAGAAGAAGAAGAGGAAGUGGAGAGUCUGAGAAGCAUUCGGAAGUACCUCACCUCCAAUGUGGCCUAUGGGUCCACGGGCAUUCGGGAUGUUCACCUCGAGCUGAAGGACCUGACUCUGUGUGGACGCAAAGGCAAUCUGCACUUUAUACGCUUUCCUACUCAUGACAUGCCUGCUUUUAUUCAAAUGGGCAGAGAUAAAAACUUCUCGAGUCUCCACACGGUCUUUUGUGCCACUGGAGGUGGAGCAUACAAAUUUGAGCAGGAUUUUCUCACAAUAGGUGAUCUUCAGCUUUGCAAACUGGAUGAGCUAGAUUGCUUAAUAAAAGGAAUUUUAUAUAUUGACUCAGUUGGAUUCAAUGGGCGGUCGCAGUGCUACUACUUUGAAAACCCUGCUGAUUCUGAAAAAUGUCAGAAGUUGCCAUUUGAAUUGAAAAAUCCAUACCCUCUGCUUUUGGUGAAUAUUGGCUCAGGAGUUAGCAUUUUAGCAGUAUAUUCCAAAGAUAAUUACAAGAGGGUCACUGGUACUAGUCUUGGAGGAGGAACUUUUUUUGGUCUCUGUUGUCUUCUAACUGGCUGUACCACUUUUGAAGAAGCUCUUGAAAUGGCAUCUCGUGGAGAUAGUACCAAAGUGGAUAAACUAGUAAGAGACAUUUAUGGAGGAGACUAUGAGAGGUUUGGAUUGCCAGGCUGGGCUGUGGCUUCGAGCUUUGGAAACAUGAUGAGCAAAGAGAAGCGAGAGGCUGUCAGUAAGGAGGACCUCGCUAGAGCGACUUUGAUUACCAUCACCAACAACAUUGGUUCCAUAGCAAGAAUGUGUGCUCUUAAUGAAAACAUUAACCAGGUGGUAUUUGUUGGAAAUUUCUUAAGGAUUAAUACCAUCGCCAUGCGGCUUUUGGCUUAUGCUUUGGAUUACUGGUCCAAGGGGCAGUUGAAAGCUCUGUUUUCUGAACAUGAGGGUUAUUUUGGCGCUGUUGGAGCACUCCUUGAGCUGUUGAAGAUUCCCUGAUUGUUACCUGGAAGGGCUUCCUGGAUCCUUCCAUGAUGGACAUUGUGAACUUCAUUUUUUAAAAAGAGACUUACUCAGUUUUAUGAUUGUUUACUACUGAAUCAAAGUGAGAAAUAAUUGUAUUUUUUCUAAGUCAUCAAGAAAAAAAUUUAUUCUAAACUAGCAACCAGU